AUGAGUAAGAAGAAACAAAAGAAGAAGCUAGAUGAUGAUCAAGGAGAGCAGCAGUCUCAGCAUGAUAUUCCUGUUACUCCAGUUCAUGUACUGCAGAGAGUGGGUAGGGAGCUUGGCAUUGCUGCAGAGAAGCUGACCAAGGACCAACUUGAAGCUGAUCCAGGAAGUGGCAGUUGGUUAGCAGAUGCUUUUGUGGAAAUUCAGUUAGGUGGGAAGAUGUCAGAUGAGGAAGGUAAUGAGGUGACUGAUCAUCAGUUAAUGGCAGGGAUGUUCUAUAAAGAAUAUAAGGAAAGGAUGGGGCAUUCUGAGCCCAUCUCUAUAAAAUUUGAUCUUGUAAGCAUCCUGACGCAAGUGGAUGGGUUGGAGGAUUUAACUAGGCCUUUCACAAAGAAGGAGAUGGAUGAUAGUGAUUUCUACCAAUUAGCAGCUGAUUUCUACAAUGAGACCAUUCAGUUGAGUAAUAUUAAUGGGUCUUAUAUAACGCUGGUACCAAAGAAGGCUGCUCCUCUUAAAGUGAAUGAUUUCAGGCCAAUAUCUUUGACUAAUUCAGUGGUUAAUGAAAUGGUGACACAGGGCUCUCUAUCUCUGCCCAUUGUUACAAAUGAUAAGGACUUUCCUAUUAUCCAGUAUGCAGAUGACACUUUGCUGAUUAUGCCAGCAGACAAGGUUCAAUUGCAAGCUCUAAAGGAAACCCUGAGAAAGUUUUCCAUGUCUACUGGUCUGAGCAUUAAUUUUGAUAAGUCACAGAUGCAUCACGAACCAUAUCAUUUCCAACGGAAUUUGGUUUUUGCCCCGUUGCUAAGUGAGUCACGCCCUCCUCGCCCCCUUUCUUCUCAAAUACUCCGCUACUACAGUAGUACUACUUCUCAUCUCUGUCGGAAUUCACCGCCUGCCUGCUGUAUCUCUGCUUCCACAGCGGCCAUGGCGAUGCCUCGAUCUCUCCUCCUCUUCCUCCUUCUGGCCACUCCCUUCCUCCUCGUCUCCGUCUCCGCCUCCGCCGCCGCCGCCGCCGCCCGCGACGACGACCUGGACUACAUCAUCGACAACGCCGACGACAUCGCCGCCGACGACCCCGAGGGCUGGCUCCAGGAGGGCUCCCCUUCCGACGACGACGACGAAGACCUCUUCGAGGACCCCGACCCCUCCUCCUCCUCCUCCGACGCCGAGAUCGACGAGACCCACGUCGUGCCCCUCACCGCCGCCAACUUCUCCUCCUUCCUCGCCGCGCGCCGCCACGCCAUGGUCGAGUUCUACGCGCCCUGGUGCGGCCACUGCCGCGCGCUCGCGCCGGACUACGCCGCCGCCGCCACCCACCUCGCCCUCCACAACCUCGACGUCGCGCUCGCCAAGGUCGACGCCACCGACGAGGCGGAGCUCGCGGAGCAGUACGGUGUGCAGGGAUUCCCCACCCUACUCUUCUUCAUCGACGGCGUGCACAAGGACUACACCGGCGAGAGGACCAAGGAUGCCAUCGUCGCCUGGAUCACGAAGAAGCUCGGGCCCGGGGUGCAGAACAUCACCACCGCCGACGAAGCCGAGAGGAUCGUCACCGGCGACGACACCGCCGUUCUCGCCUUCCUCGAGUCCCUCUCGGGUUCUCACAGCGAUGAGCUUGCUGCUGCUUCAAGGCUGGAAGACACCGUCAACUUUUACCAGACCGCUAGCCCUGAUGUAGCUAAGCUUUUCCACAUUGACCCUGAGUCCAAGCGCCCAGCCGUAGUCUUGCUUAAGAAGGAGGAGGAGAAAGUGACCAUAUACGAUGGUGAGUUCAGAGCAUCUGCCAUUGCUGAGUUUGUGUCGGCGAACAAGCUUCCAUUGAUCACCAUCCUCACACAGGAGAACGCCCCUGCAAUCUUUGAAAGCCAAAUCAAGAAGCAGGUUUUACUAUUUGCUGUUGCAAGCGAGGCCUCAAAAUUUCUGCCCAUCUUUAAGGAAGCAGCAAAACCAUUCAAGGGAGAGCUUUUAUUUGUCUUUGUGGAGCGAGACAGUGAGGAAGUUGGUGAACCUGUUGCCAAUUACUUUGGAAUUACUGGACAAGAGACCACAGUUCUUGCUUACACUGGGAAUGAAGACGCUAAGAAGUUUUUCCUUAGUGGUGAAAUUUCACUGGACAACAUUAAGGAAUUUGCGCAAGAUUUCCUUGAGGACAAGCUCACACCAUUCUACAAGUCUGACCCAGUACCUGAAUCUAACGAAGAGGAUGUCAAAGUUGUUGUUGGCAAGAAUUUAGAUCAAAUAGUUCUGGAUGAAUCAAAAGAUGUGCUUCUGGAGAUAUAUGCACCAUGGUGUGGGCAUUGUCAGACACUAGAGCCUACUUACAACAAGCUGGCCAAGCUUCUUCAUGGCAUCGACUCCCUUGUAAUAGCCAAAAUGGAUGGCACAAACAACGAGCACCCUCGUGCCAAGCCUGAUGGAUUCCCCACGAUACUCUUUUUUCCAGCUGGGAAGAAAGGCUUUGAGCCUAUAACUUUUGAGGGGGACAGGACGAUUGUGGAAAUGUACAGGUUCAUCAAGAAGCAUGCUGGCAUCCCUUUCAAGUUGAAGCGCCCAGACUCGUCGGCAGCACACACUGAGAGCUCAGGUUCGACCCCUGCUCAUGAGGAGAGCUCCGGUUCAAACCUGAAGGAUGAGUUGUAGGGCAUCACAUCAUUGGACCACUCAAUGCUGGCGACAAGUUUUGAGGUUCCGCGAUCGGGAGGUGGAUAGCUAGGUGUCAGCUUUGGGCAGUUGGAAGUGUAUGUUGAGAAUACAAACAUUAGAAUCGAAUGAAUAAAAGCAAGAAAUACUUUGCUUA